UCAGAUAAAAAGGGGCUCCCGGUCUGCAGAUACCAGUCCGAGGAAGAGCACAGACUGGGAGAGAGGCAAAUAAACUGGGAAAUAAAAAAUAAACGAGAGAAAAAGGUGAACGAGUCUUCUGCUUUUUCACCUCUGUGUAUUGCGUCCUGUCUUCCUCCAACCGUCUAACUAAUUAAAAAAAAAAAGCUUUUAAAACGACAAUUAUAAUAGUAUAAAUAAUAAUGAUAUAAUAAAACGGACAGGUGUCGUAUUUCAAAUCAAAUGGAGCUGGUCUUUUCAUUCUCUUGAGCUGGGCGUGCGGACUCUGCGACGAUGCAAUGUGAAGGGUUUUUUAUUGGUUAGUUUUUUUUUAAAUCUGCAGACCAAGGAAGUGUCCCCACCCGUCCAGCAGGAAGUGAUGUCGGGGAAGGUGUGCACCAGCGGCGCGGUGACGCAGGCACAGAGAGCCGUGGAGCAGCUGAGACUGGAGGCAGCGACGGAGAGGAUCAAGAUCUCCAAAGCGGCCACAGAGCUGAUGCUGUACUGCCAAGAGAACCACAGGCGUGACCCCCUUCUCAGCGGAGUCCCUGCUUCAGCAAACCCUUUCAAAGACAAGAAAACCUGCGUGCUUCUGUGACCACACCCCCGGGGAGGACCCGCCCCGCCCCGCACAGCAGUGAUUGGCUGGAUCCUCGCAGUCACUCUGUGAUCAGAGCUGACCGGUCCUAAUAAAAGAGGCCACGCAAUCUAACUGCUGGACAGCCCUGGGCAAACGUUUAGCAUCACCCUCUGUUUAGAAUGAACUUCACUCUGCUUCGUGAGGUCGAGCGAAACCCGCAGGAUAACGUGACCUGAACAGAAUGAAUCACACACGACGCUGCGUAGUUUUCCCUUAUAACGAAAAGCUAACAACAGAUUUCAAACGUGACGUUUGGAAAGCUAAUAUGAAACACUGCUGUACUGCUAGUAUGGCUUCCGAUAGACUUUUUCGCGAGAUCAUUUUGUAGUUUCUUUGCUUACACGAUGUUAAACAGCAGAUCUAAACUAUGUUCAUAUGUUUUUUUUUUUUUUCUUUUAUGAUGU